AUGGACGCAGGAGAAGGCCAGGCGCCUUUCUCCCCCACCGUGGCCGAACAUCAGCGCAACAUCCAGGUCGACAAUGCUAUUCGCGCUAUUAAAGAGAAGAAGCCUCUACCUGAGAUUGAUUUUAGCAUUCAUACUAUGGAAGAUGGCACUCAAGUUAACACCAUGGAACGGGUCUGCAAAGAUGUGCAAGCUCCCGCCACAUUCAAGCCUACCGAUGAACAAUUCUUCGAGGACGAAACCCAUACCAAACCCAAUAUUACUUUCCUGAAACAACACUUCUAUCGCGAAGGUCGAUUGACCGAGGAGCAAGCCUUGUGGAUCAUCAAGACUGGAUCCGAGCUCCUACGCAACGAGCCCAACCUCCUAGAGAUGGAUGCUCCCAUAACAGUUUGUGGUGACGUUCACGGUCAAUACUACGAUCUUAUGAAACUUUUCGAAGUUGGCGGCGACCCGGCUGAGACGAGAUAUCUUUUCCUUGGCGACUAUGUAGAUCGAGGCUACUUUAGUAUCGAGUGCGUUCUAUACCUAUGGUCUCUCAAGAUACAUUACCCGAAGACUCUCUGGCUCCUGCGCGGCAACCACGAAUGUCGUCAUUUGACCGACUACUUCACCUUUAAGCUUGAAUGCAAGCACAAGUACUCCGAAUCUAUCUACGAGGCCUGCAUGGAAUCUUUCUGUGCCCUUCCGUUGGCUGCUGUCAUGAACAAGCAGUUCCUCUGCAUUCACGGUGGGCUUAGUCCCGAAUUGCACACCUUGGACGAUCUGAGAAAUAUCGAUCGUUUCCGAGAACCGCCAACCCAAGGCUUGAUGUGCGAUAUCCUCUGGGCUGAUCCUCUCGAGGAUUUUGGCCAGGAGAAGACGAGCGAGUACUUCAUGCACAAUCAUGUUCGCGGUUGCUCGUACUUCUUCUCCUAUCCGGCCGCAUGUGCUUUCUUGGAAAAGAACAACCUACUCUCUAUCAUCCGCGCGCACGAAGCGCAAGACGCCGGCUAUCGAAUGUACCGUAAGACCCGAACGACCGGAUUCCCGAGCGUCAUGACCAUCUUCUCUGCGCCGAACUACCUCGACGUCUAUAACAACAAGGCUGCAGUAUUGAAAUAUGAAAAUAACGUUAUGAACAUUAGACAGUUCAACUGCACGCCGCACCCAUACUGGUUACCUAACUUUAUGGACGUGUUUACUUGGUCCCUACCUUUCGUUGGCGAGAAGAUCACCGAUAUGUUGAUCGCCAUCCUGCACACCUGCUCGGAGGAAGAGCUCAAAGAAGACACACCUAUGUCGUCAUCCCCUGGCCCACAGUCUCCUCCCCUCGGAGGACCCUUUGCGGAUCCCGAUUCGAUUGAGUACAAGAGGCGGGCCAUUAAGAACAAGAUCUUGGCCAUCGGUCGACUAUCGCGAGUUUUCCAAGUAUUGCGUGAGGAGUCGGAGAAGGUUACAGAACUCAAGACUGUGUCAGGUGGACGACUACCCGCAGGAACACUUAUGCUUGGCGCUGAAGGAAUCAAGAAUGCUAUCAACACUUUCGAGGAUGCCAGAAAGGUCGAUCUCCAAAACGAGAGGCUACCACCCAGCCAUGAUGAGGUUCAGAAACAUCAAGACGAGGAACGACAGCGAGCUUUGGAACAAGCUUCCAGAGAGGCCGAAAAUGACAAGAAGUUGCAAACUUUAUCCAGGAGAUUGAGCACUGAUCGCAAGCGAUGA